AUGGGGCUACUCGAGGCUAGAGUUCUCUGCUGGAACUGCGGCGGCGCGGUCAGCGACAUUGCGCCCGGUCAAGCUCCGGCCUCGGAAUUGUCUCCCAAACACUCGGCAGCCAGCUGCCACACUCCACCUAGACCAUUAUCAGGCCAGCGACCCUCCCCUUAUGCCGAUCUUGUUGAACUUCCUUGCGAGGCAGUCAAGAUGGUAAUCAGCUCCACGGCUGCCGCCCGCCCUCGCAGUUCUACACCUCCGUCAUCAUCGAAUCGAAAGCUUCAGCUGCGGCAUCCACUCGCCAGGCUGCCACCAUACCCCUGCAUCCGGGACCGCGAAGGCCCUGCUACUGUCGCCUAA